GGAAGUCUGGUUGUCUCAACCGCUACUGGUAGAGGGUUCCCAGUUGUAGUCUUCAUAUGCCUCAACCAACGAGCUCCGAUGAUGACAACAAUCCUGGAGUAUUUCCAAGAGAAGAACCCAAGUUGGCGGAUGAUAUCUUCCAUCGUGAUCGACAAAGAUUUCGUUGAGUGGAGGGUGCUGAAAACACUAUUUCCUGCUGCGAAAGUUUUACUUUGUCAAUUACAUGCCAUUUCGUACUGGAAGAAGGUGAUGCAGCGGGCCCCAUACAAGCUGAAGGUGUCUGAAGGCGACGAGUUACUCAACCUGAUGAUAACAACGCUGUACAGGUACGCAACAGGUUCUAUUUAUGAUUCUUGUGGUAACGCUAACUUUGGAAAACAAUCCAUAUGCAGCUCCACAGAGACAGGUUACGAUUCUAGUUACGGUGCAUUGAAGCAAUACUGCGAAGACAAAAAGAAACAAGCUUUAUUCUCGUACUUUGAAAAGAACUGGGAUUCGUGUCGAGACAUGUGGGCGAACUUUGCUCGCAGCAAAUUUAUCACGGCUGGGAAUAUUACAACGAACAGGAUCGAGUCAAACUGGAAUCAAGUGAAAAUGGGAACGAUUUGUGAACUUCAUGGCAGAUGCGACUUGUGA